AUGCCUUCCCUGCAGGAAGACACCUGGAUCAACGAACAGGCUCAGACCGCCGAGGUUUCGCAGCUCGAGGACACCGCCAUCGCCGUCGACGCUUCCUACUACCUGCAGCUGUUCCUCGACAUCCCCCCCACCCAUGAGCCCCUCCUCCCCGCGCUCGGUGGGCUCACCGGCAUCGAGACGCACAUCGAGGCUGAUCUGGACAGCUGGGCCCAGAACCGAACCACGCCCUUCUUCGUCUUCAAUGGCCAGACGGUUGUAGGACAGGACGAGAUCGCAGUCCAGCGCGGCAAGGCAGCCAACAUCAAGACCGAUGAAGCUUGGAAUCUCUACUUCAGAGGCGAGGCCAACCUCGCAGUGAGCACCUUUGGUCAGGACAGGAAGGCGUACCCGGUUCAGAACCUCUACCCUCUCCUCCAGGCCAUACUGAAGAAGCGGAACCUUCACUUUCUUGUACCACCCUUCAAUGCUUCUGCACAGCUGGCCCACUUCGACAUGACCGACUCCGAGCAGUGCUCCGCAGUCAUGGGCUCCCAAGAGCUGCUGCUCUACCCCGUCAAGGACUAUGUCAUCAAGUCCAUUGACUGGGAGGCCGGCAACUUCCGUGUCGUGUCCAAGAAGACCCUCAUCCAGAGACAGGGCUGCAGCGAGUCCAUGUUCAUUGACGCGCUGCUCAUGAUUGGAAACUCAUUCUUGCCUGCCUUCCCGCCCCUACAGGACAGCACUAUCAACACGAGACAGCCUCAUAUCCUGACCGAUGCCGUCAACAUGCUGCGUACUUCGGAGAAAUCUGUUGCGACUGCGUGCGCCUCGUUCAGCGACAUCCUGCAGUCCAGAGACCCUAGCUGGAAGAACAAGUACCAGAAGGCCCGUUUGAUGAUCGAUCACUUCAUCUACAUUGCCGAAUCUGGCGAGAUCAAGGUUCACAACUUCGAGACUCUAACACACGACAACUACGAAUACCUAGGUUACCAGCUUCCCGCAGAGUUGUUCCACUAUCUCAACACCGGCUUGAUUAGCGGCCGUCUGCCGGGUUGGAUUACCCAUGGGCAGAUCGUCAUCCCUCCCACGUUGGACGGAGUCAAGUCCGAAGAGUACAAGAAGCUUGUCACAACCCAGCUCAUGCCCCUCCGAGAGCAGGCCAUCAGGCUGGUACUACCUCGCCUUCACAGAGGCAUCCAGUUCAAGCCCAUCUAUGCCAAGGUCUGGUACGACGAUACUUAUUCGCACACUAUUGAGGGUCGUACGGCAACCAACCGAACGCUAGACCAGGUUCGAACCUGGAAUGUACAGGAGAGUACCGUCAAACAGUUUUUCCCUGAUGCCAAGUACGGGUCCAUUUUGUUCGAGGUGGAUGCCUUGAAGAAUGCGGACUUCGCUAGAGCGACCGUAAGCAAGGAGAAGAUCAAGGGCAUCGACUCCACAGAUCUGGUCACAUCCGUAGUCGUUUGGAGGUUCCUGCAUCUGCGCGGAUAUGUCGACCAGAACCAUUGCCUGACAGCCUGGGGUGAGGCCUUGGCGGCUUCCCUGGACGCCAUUGCGCCGAUGGUCAAGGAACAUCCCAAUGACAGCCUGGCGGAAGCCGUUCUUUUGGCAUUCGAGUUGAUUAGGUUCAACUUGCUGAACGCUCGCAACCAACACCCGGAGCUUAAUGGAUUGCCGAUGAACGGUAGCGAUGACGACAAGGCAAGCUUGUUACUGAUCAGCCGCUGCGCCAUCUUGUUGAAGCUUCACCAUGAGGCCAACGGCUACACAGGACCUUUGAGCAAGAACUUCCUCCACUACCGCUCUCUGAGCUCGUCGAUUCGAGAAGUCAACCGCGACCUCGUCGAGGCCAUUGUGGCGUCAAUGCUACUCCACGCCGAGAGCAAGAAGGAGCGGGAGGACUAUCUGGACAUCGCCCAGAGACUCCCGUUCUUGAACGACACCGAUGUGGGUCUGGGUAUUGCUGUCAAGACACUGCUCGACGACAUACAACCCACUGAUACCCCGGAGCAAAAGCAGGCCAAGCGCAACGAUUUUCCAGGAAAGUUUGUGCCGUUUGCAACCGACUUCUUUAAGGACCUUCAAGUCGCUUUUGCGUUCUAUGAUGCCGUUCAUGCGGGUGUGAAGAAGCUCGGCGAUGAGCAGGUCUCGUCAGAUGACCGCAAGGUCUGGGAUCGUGCGGCCGAGUAUCUCUCCGCUCGACGUUAA